ACUGAGAGUACAGUGACGUAGUGUUGCACAUAGUGUCCUGUGAAAUUCGCCUCAUGAUAAGUACCUACCGAUCCGUUUGAACUGGGGCGAUCAUUUUAACCUUUAAUUUUAUGGAAAAUGUAGGAGAACUAAAGCAGAGUGGUGUGCCUGACGUAAGAUCUAGACAAGAUAGAAGAUGGAGGAAAGGACUCGUAAUUCUUGGCGUAACAGGGGCAGUAGUUGGAGGCCUGUAUGCCGUUGCUACUCCAUUCGUUCUUCCAGCCUUUCGCCGGGUUUGCUUGCCUUACGUCCCCGCCACGACGGCGCAAGUUGACAAUGUGUUUUCGGUCCUCAAGCGUGCCGCGGCCUCCACUUCUACUAAACAAACAUUGAAUGCAGUACGUGGGACUGAAGUGAGAAAGAUCCUCGUGGACCUAGGAAGUGGAGAUGGCAGAAUCGUAAUAGAAGGAGCGAAACAAGGGUACCGCGGUGUUGGAUAUGAACUCAAUCCAUGGCUUGUCUGGUAUUCAAGACUGGCUUCUCGUCAAGCAGGAAUGAAACAAAGAACCUCGUUUCAUCGGACCAAUCUUUGGAAUGUUGACCUUAGCAAGUUUGAUGUCAUUGUUAUAUUCGGAGUAUCACAAAUGAUGGCUGCCCUGGAAAGCAAGAUUUCAUCUGAGAUGAAGCCUUCUGCCUUGGUUGUUGCUUGCCGUUUUCCUAUCCCUGACUGGGAGCCCCAUUUAUGCGAAGGUACAGGAGUGGAUGAGGUAUGGCUGUACAGGGCGUCUAGUAAAAAUGUGACUGGUGUAAGAACGGAGGUGUCAUCCAGCGAGGUAUCAUGAAUCCACGGGUACUAAUUAAUCUUGAGAGUAAUUGGUUGAUGACCCCUCGAUGCCAUCUCUAUGGAAGGCUAAGUUGGACAAAUAGUCAUCUGUGAAGAGACAAAUGCUUUCCAUGCCCAAUUUCAAUGCGUAUGUAUGCAAUUGGACCAAUAAGCAGUGUUUUGUGCAUCUAAACCGAAUCCAAGAUGACCAGCUUUGCCUUCCGUAAUGGUGGCGUCGAGCUGGAGACUUUAUGACACAAUCAUGAAACGCAGUCAAGGGAUCUACUGGGCUUGGAUAAUGGAUCAAGUGUUAACUACAGAUGAUGAUUGAAAUUAUUUUUGUGGAGUGUUUCAGUUCAGAGUGGCGUUACGCACGAGUGGUGACCCUUUCUUGUUGCACAUUUCAUAAAACUUCUUAUAGUAACAAAUUUUCAAUGAGAGUGGCAGAUCAAAUAUAUGUAUUAUGAAUAAAUAUAUUGGAAAUAAUAGAACUGGUUCUUAUUC